AUGCCUUUCCUUGACCACCUCCUCACCUACAAGAUCACAGCUUACAACACUAGGCACCAAAGAGGAAGAAAGCUUAGUAUUGGAGGGCUCAUCACACCUAUCUUGUGUGCUGCUGGAGUAAACCCAACUGAUAGGAGAGCUACUGAACCAGGUUGGAUGGACAUCAAGUUUUGCAAGACCAACCUCCUCAUUGAGCACAAGGAGUUGGAUGGGAGACCCCCUGUGUACACAUUAGUUGGGCAUGAGGAUGAUUGCGAGAAGAGGAGCCUGAGCUCGAUCGAGCUGAGUCUGAGCUGA